CCUUCAGGUCAGUUACCUUCGAGCCUUUCGACAGAACAGUUCUCCGUUUUUAAGUGAGUUGUGAGUGAAGUAUUUUGAAGGAGCCUUGAGUUUUGGACUUCAUAGCGUCCGUCAGUAAAAGCAUAAAGUUAAAACCUGCAUCAAAUUUCUAAGAAUAUUUGAUUACCUUUUCCAUCGCCCUCUGUGUUUUUGGCUGGUUUAUACGUGAACAAAAACACUUGAGAAACACUGGAAUGCGUGAUGUGCAAAAACAAGGACGCGUACAUGCUUCCAGCGCGUGCAUCGAUACAAGGCCGGAUCAGCCAAUUAAAAAAUGUCUCGAGGUAGUUCAGAAAUAUCUGAAUGAGUUACCUAACGAAGCCAUAAGCAAGAGCCCCUUUGAAUUACUUUUUAGAUACAUCAAUCGUCGCGAUAAGGGCGAAGGAUGCGAACUCACAAUGGAUAUCGAGACUCGUUAUACAAGACCAUUUAUUUUAAGAGAAGAGACCCGAGCCCGAAUCUUGGAGGAGCAGAUUAAAUGCAAAAAGCGGCACGGCAAAAGUAGAGCGAUACACGUAACAUUCAAAGUCGAAGAUACAAUCUGCAUGCAGGAAAAUCCGGAACAAGUAGGAUACUCUGCCAAACUUUAAAAUAAGUUCAGAUGACCUUUAGAGCGAUUUUCCCUUCGGAUACUUAUUAAAAAUUCAGAUGUCAUCUAAGAAACAAGCGGGGUUAAAGACAACUAUAAUUCUCCUCGUCAAGUAUCUGCCAAUCGCGAUAAACACCUGGUCAUUAGUUAAAGUGUAAGUAGUGAUACCAACGUACAUUUUUUUUGUCUAAAUUACUUAUCCUUAAAUAUAUUAUAUAUCAAGUGUACCAUUCAGAAGU